AUGACCCGUGAUCAUGUGCAAAUUCCUAUCGACUCAGAUGAUGCAAGUUGGAAAGAGAGAUGCAGCAGAAGGAUGAAGGAAUUGCAGAAAAGGCAGUUCCAAAGUGACGAUGCAGCUUCACAACUUCUGCAUAAGGAUCUUGUUGGGAAGAAAAAAGUUAUGGUUUCUGAGUUGUUUAACGCUGUUGCUGAAAAUGGGAACGUGGAUAACUUCGUUGACGUGUUGCAAAGAGUGUGUGAAGGGAGGAAAGUGCCUUUGAAUGGUGUUUUUGAUCAAGUUACCUGUGCUGGUGAUUCACUGCUUCAUGUGGCAGCUGAUAAGGGGAGAGAACGCAUUGUGGAGUUGAUUUGCUGUCACUUUCCUGAACUUCUUAUUAAGAGAAAUGUGAGAGGUGAUACUGCACUUCAUGUUGCUGUGAGGUCCAAGAACUCAACCACAGUGAGGUUCAUUCUCUCUCAUUAUGCCAUUGAGAAAGCAAAACAUGAUGGAAUGAGAGAUAAUAAAGAGAUUACAAGAGAAAAAAAUAAGUAUGAGAAUACUCCUUUACAUGAAGCUGUGUACAGUGGGGAUGUUGGUGUGGUGAAAGAGAUUUUAACUGCAGAUAAGGAUGUGGUUCAUUUUUUGAACAAGUCAAGGAGAUCACCUCUGUAUCUGGCUGCUGUGAAUGGGAAUGUGGAAAUUCUUUAUCUUCUGUUGGAAGUUCCAUUCCCAACUCAUCAACCUCUUCCACUCUGCCUUGGAAACUCUCCACUUCAUGCAGCCAUUUUGGAAAGGAACUCUGCUUUGAUAGAAGUGAUAUUAAAGAAAAAACCAGAGCUAGUUUAUUUAAGAGAUGAAGAUGAAGGUACUCCCCUUCAUUAUGCAGCAUACAUUGGUUAUGCAGAAGGAUUUCGUAUACUGUUAGAAAAUUCCUUUCUGAAAUCAGAUCAAACUGUGUUGGAAGGGAACAAGAAGGGUCAUCUUCCUAUUCACCUUGCUUGCAAAAGGGGUCAUCUUAAGGUGGUAAAAAAAUUUCUUCAGCACAAAUGUGUUACUAAUCUUUACGUUCUCCUUAAUCAAAAGGGCCAGAACAUUCUUCAUGUUGCUGCAAAGAAUGGAAAAAGUAAAGUGGUAGAAUAUCUGUUGGAAAAUUCAAAGAUUGAUGAAUCUAUUAUAAAUCAGAAAGACAACAAUGGAAACACUCCAUUGCAUUUGGCUUCAUUAAAUUUAUUUCCGAAAGUUCUAUACCUUUUCACUCAAGAUAAGAGGACCGAUGUGAAGCUCUUGAAUAACAACGAUUUAACUGCUCAAGAUAUCAUUGGUGUGGCUUUGAAAAGUAAAACGACAAUUAGAAAGUUUCUAGCAAGACGAGUGUUGAAAGAAGCAGGUGUGCCCUCGAAGGUGAAUGACAUGUUGCAUUUUCGACAGCAACAAAUACUGAAAAUGGAUUUGAGCUUGAAGGAUCUGUUAAACACAUUCUUAGUUGUGGCGACAUUGAUGGUGACAGUGACAUUUGCAGCUGCUUUCACUGUGCCAGGAGGAGUGUACAGUUCUGAUGAUCCAAACCCAAAAAAGAGAGGAAUGGCAGUGUUGGGUGAUAAAGCAUUAUUUUGGGUAUUCACGACCUUCAACAUGACAGCUAUGUAUAGCUCUGUGAUUGCAUGUGGACUUAUGUUGAUGGCAUUGAUUUUUGAUCGUAAAUUGGCAACAAGAGCAACUAUCCUUGCAAUGGGUUGUUUGGUUUUUGCGUUUUUAACAGUGCCAGUGGCAUUCUUGGCUGCUGUAAGGUUAGUUGUGGCUAAUAAUUCUGCACUUGCCUAUCUUAUAACCGCCAUUGGAGUCAUGUACACUUCCAUUAUCUUGUCGGCUCUUUUUGCAUUUUUUCCAAUUGGAAUUCGCCUUCUUUUGUUUCGUCAAGUUGGCAGAAUCGUUCUUCAGAUUCUGAUUGCAUUAAUAGAUUUACAUUUCUUUUUCCGAGUCAAUUUGAGAAUGAAAAUUCCAAAUUUAGAAGUCGUGCUUCGAGGAGUAAUUUGCCUUCAUGCAAAUGAAACUUUGCGAUCAUGUUGA